AUGCAGUUCACUCUCGCCCUCACUUCUCUCCUCUCCCUCACCUCCGCUGUCGCCAUCAUGGAGCGCUCCCCGGCCAAGCUCUCCGGCCGCUCAGCCGGCAAGCUGGUCGCGCGCGCCGGCGUGUGCGGGCCUCUGCAGACGCCUCUGUGCUGCCAGCUCGACGUUGAUGGAGUUGCGAACUUGAACUGCGAGAACGCCGGCGACGUCUCCACGACCGAGGAGUUUGAGGCUACCUGCGCCGAGACCGGGCUCACGGCUGAGUGCUGCGUCCUGCCUGUUGGCGCGGAUGGUCUGCUUUGCACUGCUGCUUGA